AUGAUUGAUAACUUUUUUAUUGAAAACGGUAUUUUAUGGGAGAACUGUGUUGGACUGUGCACUGAUGGAGCACCAUCUAUGGCAGGAAAAAAUGCUGGUCUGCAGGCCCUAGUUCGAAAAGUGGCUCCUCGUGCAGUUUGGACGCAUUGUAUGAUUCAUAGGCAAUCUCUUGUUGCAAGAAAUAUGGGUGAAGAAUUACUUAAAGUAUUUGAAAUUAUAAUAAAAGUUGUUAAUUUUAUCAAAAAUAGUCCAUUAAGAGAAAGGCUUUUUGGAAAAUUGUGUGAUGACAUGGGCUCAGAAUACAAAGCACUACUUCAUUAUUGUGAAGCACGUUGGCUUUCUUGUGCUAAAGUACUUCAAAGAGUGUUUGAGCUCAAAAAAGAAAUUGCCAUUUUUCUUGCUGAUAAUAAAAGAGAUGAAGCAGACAUAUUUUAUGACACGAAGUUUCUCGCAAAAUUUGCGUAUCUAGUUGACAUUUUUAAAAGACUAAGUGAUUUAAAUAUAUCAAUGCAAGGAACUCAAAUUCAUGCUUUUGUUCAAAAGGACAAGAUUACGGCGUUUAUGAAAAAAAUAGAACUGUGGAUAGCUAGUAUGAAAAGUAAUAACUUUGAUAUGUUUCCCUCUUUUAAAACUACAUGUGAUGAUGAAAUAGAAGCUGAUGAUGAAAUAGAAGCAAGUAAAGAUCUUAUUAUCAAUCAUAUGACUUGUCUACGAAUGGAUUAG